CUACGCUUUCCUCCUGGUAGUUGUAGUCAGCAAAUCCGGUUCGUUUCCGUGUGUCUUGCCUUAGGUGGAGGAAUCUGCUUUGCAAAGACAAACACGUGAAAUUAUUGAUCAGGGUUGUGUGAAUUUAUGGAAACAUGUCAAAGAAACGGGGCAGGAAGCGUAGCAGUGGAGAGCUGAGUGAAAGCUCGGCAUCGACCCUGAGUCCGGACCCUGACAACCUGCUGGGCCGCAGGAUUCAGCAUACCUGGAGGGAGAAGGGCAACGUGACCAAAUGGAAAGGGACGGUUCUGGAGCGCCUGGCUGUGAACAGCUCCCUCUACAUGGUCAAAUAUGAUGGCUUUGAUUGUGUCUACGGAAUCGAGCUCUUCAAAGACAGCCGGGUGUCCAAUCUGCAGGUCCUGGCAGAGAAAGUUGUGAACAACAAGAUCAAGGUGCCUCCUGGGGCUGAGGAGCUGGUGGGUCGGGCAGUGGAGCAUCUGUUCGAGAAGGAGGACGGUGAGAAAAAUGAGUGGCGAGGCAUGGUGCUGUCCCGAGCCCCCAUCAUGACCCACUGGUAUUACAUCACCUACGAGAAGGACCCAGUGCUGUACAUGUACCAGCUGUGGGACGACUACAAGGACGGGGACCUGCGUGUCCUGCCGGAGUCAGAGAACAAACACCUGCUGCCAGCAGACAGGAAGCCAGGUGAGGAGCCAGAGAGCCUCGUGGGGAAGCAGGUAGAGUACGUCACAGAUAAUGGCCUGAAGAGGACGGGUUUGGUCAUCUACCAGGUCCCAGCAAAGCCCACUGUAUACUACAUAAAGUAUGACGAUGAUGUUCACAUCCAUGUCUACGAUCUGGUGAAGACCACCUAGUACUGACUGUCUGGUUUCAUCUUCAGCUGUUGGCUUAAGUUUUUCCACGACCUGUUAAAGUGUUAAAAGUUUCAGCCUUCCUCCAGGGGGAGGCAGUGUGCUGAAGAGGCCAAUUUUUUUUUUUUUUCUUGUCCCACAUGGGCUUACAUCUUGUUUUUUGAUUCUCAAUUUUAAGUUGAACUUAAAAAUGGCACUUAAGUCCUCUUCCAUGUAAAUAAAGCAGAUCAGAGAUCAGCUGUGUAGCCCAGCAGGCGAAAUGGAGUUAGACAUUUGUUUUGGUUGAAUCACACGUGCUAUAUAGCGCAUCUCCCAAACUCAAAGUUGAUACUUUUUGUAAGCAACACAUCAAACUAAUCUUUUUUUUUUUUUUUUCAUUUCACUUUUUUUAUGCCUAUGUUAUUUAUUUUAAUCUGGAAUAUCUGGCUGUGCUGCUGGUAACAAAGGAAAAAAAAAAACAAAACAAAAAACCGUGUCUGCUGUGCUUCAUGUGUAUCACUGGGUAGGCCUCAGUUUGUUGAUUAUAGAAGUAAUAUUAAUUUCACCAGUGUGCUGAUUUCCCAUCACAGUGAACUCAGAUUUCAGUUGACGUGUAUAAGCAUUAAUGAGACUGGUGUCUCACAUGGAUAUAAAAACAGAAUAAUUGAAAAACUCAUGUAUAAUAUUUCUGUUCUGUUUGAUUAUGUAACCUGUAAGUUUUCUGCAUUAAAGUAUAUCAGAAAUACUGAUGUUGAUGUCAAGUUGUUUCAGACGGUGUUUGUGCUACGCACUAUUUAUGUAGUUCAAAUUGGCGACCAACAUUGUUGAGUAUUUUGGACUGAAAGUCAUCAUAUUAUUUGCCAAAAAUGAAUGAAUUCAUGUUCAUUGUAACCCUAAAUAUGUUUUGUUCUGUAAAUAAAAAAGACAUUUUUAUGAACGUACAACAAA